AUGUGUGACUUUCCUUGGAAAAUAUAUUUAGGAAUAUGCAUAUUUGUGUUGGCUGAAAGGGAUUUUCCAACAUUUGCUGAUGAAACCUAUUUACCAACAGAAGACACAGAAGCUAAGGACAUUUCUUUGGAUCUUUCACCUGAUGCCUGGCGAACAAAUAGAAGUCCUCCUCAGUUUCUGGAUUCUAAGCCUCUUCUUGACUUCAGGGAAUCACAGAAAUUCAGCAGGCACUUAUUUCGAAUGAAGAGAUCCAUUUUCUUCCCUACUGGAUUUAAAGUAUGCCCAGAAGAGUCUGUUGAACACGCUAUUGCCAAUCAUCUUAAAUAUUUUAAACUUAGAGUCUGCCAGGAAGCAAUAUGGGAAGCCUUCAAAACUUUCUGGGAUAGACUCCCAGGACAUGAAGAAUACCAAAAGUGGCUAAAUGAAUGUGAGGCAGGAACUAUGAAUAUAUUUGAAAUGGGCACCAACUUCAGUCAGUCUGAAGAGUAUCAAAGCCUCAUAGCAAAGAAAUUGUCCUACACUAAAGAAGCAAUGGGUGGUUCCUGUAGUGAUUUGUCCUGUGGUUUCAGGAUGUCAGCUUCUUCUCCAGUUGGGGAUACUACCACUUUGAGAGAUACAGUUGCCAGUGUUCCUCCUUCUGAUGUGGCCUCAACUGAUAGUCAUUUGGACAGAACUGAAAAGACAGAAGAUCCUGAAAUCAGUAAUGAGGUAACAAGAGAUUAUAUAAAACUGAUGAAACCUGCUCAUGAGCAAAUGGUUGUGUUCAGUAUUCUUCUUCCUGAAAAGAAAUACAUCAGUGAGCUGAGUGACCCCUUCAAUGAAGAAUACCAACAACUCUCUCAACAAUUUAUUUCUGAAAUUCAGAAUGCAUACAAAGGACUGCCUGGAUACAAGAAUAUCCAUGUAACUGAAUUCAGGUCAUCUCAGGAUAACAGCAGUGUAGAAGUCCUCUAUGCUGUGGUUUUUGAUAGGGGAGCCAUCAGCAAUAUUAUCUGGGAUUGGAUUAACCUCCAGCCUAACAAAAUGGAAAAGAACUCCUUUUCAGAGAUUGAAGAUAACUCAACAGUUGUUUAUACAGAGAGUGACUUCAGACAUUAUAUUGCUGAGAUCCUCCAUAAGAACAUUCUAUUUGAGAAUACUUCAUUGCCCUUGGAUCCUGGUUCUCUCCAGCUCAUUAAUGUAAAGGAAAUGGUCUUUUCUGUGACUGAAAUCCCAUCAUGGAUUACUGCUAAGCCCACUGAUGAUGAUCAUGCCAUAGUAUCUGAGUGGCCUUUUGCUGAUGAGUUAACCACAAGCAACAUCUUGUCGUUUGACUUGCCUGGACCAGAUAUUGUCUUUGAUAGUGACAAUAACGUGUGGUUAAGACCAGAUGGCUUUCUGAACACUGAAAGUACCUUCAAUUCAAUAUCAAAAAUUACUCUCCAUUCAAAAACUGAUAUCACCAUUUCCCCAGAAGAUUUGCUUUUUAUGGAUGAAAAACAGAAAAUACAUUAUGGCACAGGACAAUUCUUUGAAACCGAUUCCCUUGUGGGCUUGGAAAGCCUUUCUAAUUUGUCUUUGUUAGAAGAUGGACUUGAAAAUGAGAAAGAGUUGGAAGGUUUGCUUGUGCCUUCAACUAUUCUCCCUCACAUUGUGCCAAAAGAAAUUCUACCCCCAAGUGAUUCUGCGAUUCCUCUCAGUAUUACAUCAUCAUCAGCCUCUGUUUUACCAAUAGAGCCUAGCACUGAGGAAGAAUUGUCUACAAGCUUUUUAAAAGAGGAAAUUCAGCAGUCUUCUAUAUAUAAAGAAAAAGAUAAUAUCGAUUACUAUGGUUCUGGUUCAGGACAACAGCCACAAACCAACUUAUGGACCUGGUUGAAAACUGAGGGAUCUGGUAAGCAUGACUAUAAGGAAACAAAUUUUAUUCUGGAUUCGCCAAAGGACUAUAUUACUCAGGAUAUACUAGAUGCAACCAUCUCCCAGUCACCUCUCAACACAGAGGAUACCUCAGAUGAAAGAGUUUUGACAUCUACUGAAAUGUAUAGCAUAAUACAAUUGGAGAAUUCCAGUGAGGAUAAUGAAAUCAUUUAUGAAAUAACAGAAAUCUAUGACCAAAUAUUAACAGACCAGUCAUCAACAAAUCAACCACAUAUAGCCAUUACAAUAAAACAAACCCAAAGUAGUGCUCCAAGAACUGGAGGACUAGGAAACACAGAAAUAUUUUUAUCAGCAUAUUCAACUGUGGAAAGUCCAGUGAUAAGUAACUUUAUGAUGGAAAAAUAUAUUCCUGAUUCAACAGUACCAGAAGCCUUUGAAUCAGUUGCUCAUACACCUAUUGUUACUCCAUCUACUACUGUUAUUUAUAAUUCUGCAGAUGAAAUCACAGAUCUAGUAGCAUUAUCUAGUUUGGAAGAUUCAACAAUAGUUACUUAUUUAACAGACGUGCCAACUGAUCCCAAUGAUUUCCUUGGAGAAUUCAGUGCCACCCACAUCAUUAAUUCUCCACAUAGUGGCUUUGACAGUGAUACAACCAUGACUAUAACAGAAUAUUCAGCCAGUUCUUUCUCUGACAUCCCUAUCACACAGACAACUAUCCUUCAAUCUACAGUUAUCUCCCCUGAAUUGGAAAAAGAUCUGGUCACAAAAGAACUGAAAGUUAUAGGUCAAGAUUAUGAAGGCACAACUUACUAUUCCCAUGAAAUGAACCAGGAAGAAGGAAGUAUGAUUGACAGUCAUGUAAAGCUACCAACCCAUGCUCAUUCUACUGAAAUGGUUGGGGUGUCUGGGAUUACUUAUGAUAAUCCCAACAAUGUGACUAUCCCUGCACGCGCUUUAGUUGUAUUCUUUAGCCUUCGAGUUACUAACAUGAUUUUUUCAGAGGAUUUGUUUAACAAAAAUUCUCCUGAAUAUAAAGCCCUGGAGCAAAGAUUUUUAGAACUGCUGGUUCCUUAUUUGCAGUCAAAUCUAACUGGCUUCCAGAAUCUGGAAAUUCUGAACUUCAGGAAUGGUAGUAUUGUGGUUAACAGCCGAAUGAAAUUUGCAAGUGCUGUGCCUCACAAUGUCACUAAUUCUGUGUACCUGAUUCUGGAAGACUUUUGCAACACUGCCUACCAAACUAUGAACUUGGCUAUUGAUAAGUACUCUCUGGAUGUAGAAUCAGGAGUCCAGGCUGACCCUUGCAAGUUCCAGGCAUGCAAUGAGUUUUCUGAGUGCUUAGUGAACCAGUGGAGUGGAGAGGCUGAAUGUGUUUGUUAUUCUGGUUAUCUAAGCAUUGAUGGAUUGCCAUGUAAUAGCAUUUGCCUUCUGCAACCUAAUUUUUGUCAGAAUGAUGGCAAAUGUGACAUAAUCCCAGGGCAAGGAGCAAUAUGUAGAUGCCGUGUAGGUAAUAACUGGUGGUAUAGAGGAGAGCAUUGUGAAGAGUAUGUCUCAGAACCACUUGUUGUGGGAAUUGCAAUAGCUUCAGUAGCUGUCUUCCUUCUUGUAGCCUCUAUUGUAACUUUCUUCCUGGCCAGAACCCUUCGAGAUCAGAAUGCAAAAAGUGAAAUUGAGGACUCCUUUGUGCAAGGAGACAACCUUUCAUCCAUUGAAUAUGCAGUGAAGUACAACCCAAUGUAUGAGAGUGAUACCACUGGAUAUAGCCACUAUUAUCGGAGAUAUCCACAGCUAACUUCAUAUAGUUCCACAAGCAAUGAGACAUCCACUGAAUAUAGCAGUGAAGAGAUCAGACACAUUUAUGAUAACAGAGAAUUAAGUAAGGAGGAGAUUCAGGACAGAAUAAGGAUUAUAGAACUUUAUGCCAAGGAUCAUCAGUUUGUGGAGUUUGUAAAACGGCAUCAAAUGUGA